AUGGCAAACAAUAUACAACUAAAGCAACUUGUAGAAAGAUCUCGAAGUGUUGCAAACACGAUUGUAAAACAUGAUCUUCCAUUAAUCGAGCGAAAUUUGGAACAAAUUGAGAAACAGUCGCGUAAACUUGCUGAUAAAGUUGUAAAGCCUGGAGAUGCCCCUGAAAGAAAGGCUCCUUACUUCUUAGCAAAUAUUGGGAUCGAUGGUGAUAAAUUGACACAAGAUGUGAAAAGUAUCUCCGUAUUAGGUGCUUUCGAGCCACGCACCAUUUUACUUGAUACCGAUGUUGAGAGAUAUCUUGACCAUAAACACCAACAAACGAUCACAAGUAUUAUAAAGGAUGGUUAUACACAAACUGACAAUGAAUACAAUGCUCUCUUCGAUUGCUGUCUCAGCUCAGAAUGGGAUAAAACUAAGAGAAAGGUAUUUGAAGAAUUUGGCCAACACAUAAUUAUGAGAUCAACAGAACUUCCUAGUAGUGCCGGAAGUAGUGUAUUUCGAAGCCAAUUCUCACCAAGUGCAUCUUUAUCAAGCAGCUUCAGGGCUUCGACUUUGAAACCAUCGUAUAUCGCUUCAGGAGAAAGAAGAAUAUCAUUUAAAAAUGAAUCAACUUUACAAUUAAAUCAAAAAUAUUUGGGCUAUUUCGAUGUUGUUGUAAAAUUGAAUAAUGCUAGGUUGUCAAAGAUUGAAUAUGGUAUUAUAAAUGAAUUUCACAAUGCCGCGAGGAAGAUCAGUUUAGAUUAUGGAAAAAAAAUAGUUCAAUGUUGGCGGGCACUUGCAUCUAUUGUUGGAGAAUCUAAUGUCAUUGAUGGUAGUUUUAAACGUAAUCCAUUAAAGCAGCGUCAGUUCGCACCAGCAUAUCAGGAACCAGCUUUUAAUACUGCAUAUAAAAGUCUUUGUUUUGACCUCAUAAAUGGUGCUAAACAUUAUUUAGAGGAAUCGUAUCGAGAAUGGUCCACCGCUUACGUAAACUCGUUUCGAAACGAAGCCAUGCUGGGUGGACAACCAUCUGCAACUAAUAUGGCACGUGCUGUUUUGCGUGCAAUACAUAGGCCGAAUGGCGGCAUUCCAACAACAGGUUUAAGAAUGGUAGAAAAUAUUCCUAUAUGGGGGCAUAUCUUCAUUCUCGUGCGACAAGGAUAUUAUAAAGAAGCCCUGGAGGUGGCCAAAGGAUAUGAAAAUAUGCUUCCUCGACAGGACUUGCACUUUGUGAAAUAUUUUGAACAAUUUAUUACCAAUAAUAACAGGCUUCCUUCUCACGAUAGGCAAAGACUAGUGGCGGAAAUGAAGCAAUGGAACCCUUUAACUUUUCAAGAUAAAGAUCUAUAUAAGUUUAUUAUGUAUCAAAUCGUCGCACAGCUCGAAGAAUUACCUCAGAAACCUCCUAUUGAAAGCGUUCUUCCUACCUCAGAGGAUUUCAUGUGGAUGCGGUUAAUGUGUGUUCGUGAAAUAGAACCAAUUGUUGGUGCAUCAAAUGACACUUUAUCAUUAGACAGCUUGCAAAAGGCAAUUAGAAACUUGGGCCCAAGUCAUUUCAAUCAUGGUGGCAAAGAUACUAUACAAUAUUUCCGUGCUUUAAUGUUAACCGCACAAUUUGAAAGGGCAGUGCAUUAUUUGUACCAGACUGAUUUCACGGAGGAUGCUGUACAUUUUGCUAUUGCACUUGCAUACUAUGGAUUACUCAGAAUACCAGACAAAGGCGAGGCUAUGGCAUUGCUUGUUGAGGUUGGAGACCAGAUGGUUCCAUAUUUGAAUUUUAACACCCUCAUAUGUCAGUAUGCUCGGUCAUUAGCGAAGGGAAAUGCACCAAGCAGUGCCUUUCAAUAUCUUAUUUUACUAUAUCUUCACGGUAAUCCAAAAACAGAGGCUGGAAGAUAUCAAAUUGAAUUAUGCCAUGAAUAUAUCCGACAACUCAUAUAUGACACUGAAGCGUUUAAUGAGUUGGGCAAGAUGAGAGAGUGCAUGUCGUUAAUGUUUAUAGACAACGAGGAUGAAUUCACAGAAACAAUUAUUAACACACUUGCGCGGCAGUGCGUUGAAGAUGGCAAAUUCAAAGCCGCACGUAGUCUUUAUGAAUUGACGCAGAUGCUUGCAGAAUAUAUAUGGAUUUCUAUUCGUGGUGUUGUAAUGCAGCCAGAGACAGCGAAAGAAUUGGAUCCACAGGAGAUUAGCCGUAUAUUGAAGGAAUAUGAAAAUAUAGGCAUUAGAAAAAUAUCGCAGAAUCGUUUGAAGGAUUCUCGCACAUUAUUAAAUUUGGUCGAUUUUGUCGAGUUAUACAAGCAACAAGAUUUCGUAAGAGCAGUUGCUAUCAUUCAACAAAUUGAUCUUUUUCCUUUCGAAGAUGAUAUGAGGAUUAUUCAACAGAAGGCUAGUGCCAUUGAAGCUUUCGAUGAUCAGCUAAAAAAUUGUAUUCCGGAACUUUUACAUAUUGCCAUGAGGUGUAUAUAUGCAUACUAUCAGCAAUUAAAGGAUAAUAUGGCAAAAGGAACUCCUGGCAUUUUGAGAAAAUACAUGGAUGAAUCCGCUACCCUUCAACGAAAAGCUAAAGCUCUUGUAACAUUUGCUGGAUAUUUAAAACAUAGUGUUCUGUCCUCUGAUAUUUAUCAUAAACUGCACGAAUUGGAUGUUCAAAUGCGAUAA